AUGGGCGGUUAUAGAAUAGUUUACAACGAAGCAGACGAUGAUUCUAAGCUCCCACCUCAACUUCACUUAUUUCAAAUCCUAAUCUAUUGUAUAAUUCCUGGUAUUGUCAUUGGCCUCACUCAAGGAUUAAAAAAUGAUCGAAAGACAGCUGUACUAAUUGGAGGUUUCAUUCCUUUUGGAUUGAAUUUGAUAUUGCAGAUUCUAGCAUUCAUUUUAUAAAAGCAAAUCAAUAGUAAAAGUAUUGCUAGUGUAGCAAAAGACAUUAGUGAUGUACCAUUCUUUAGCAAAGAAAACUACUUAUUUCUUAUUCCUGCUAGAUCAUCUAUAAUUGAACUUAUUAUUGCUGUCAUUUUAACUGGUGUUUAUGGAGCGUUGAUGACUUAUUUCAUUCAUGAACGCACAUUAAUGAUGUUAUUGCAUGACUUUAAAAACACUCAAGACACUUACUACAUUAUAACAAUCGUUACUAUAUUUUUCUCCAGUUACUCUUUAUUUUCCAGCCCAAUUCCAGAAAGCACUCCUUAUCUCACAAAUGAUUAGUUCUCGAUCUUUUCUCAUCACUAUCAAAGAGUAUUUUACAGUAUAGUGAUAAGUGGUUGUGUUUGCAUAACUGAAUUUGGAUCUACUUUAAAUGAUUUACUAGUCUUGUAUAGAGGCUAUUUCGAGGUAGCCUAUUGGGCUAAUUUGGGAAUUUUAAUUCUUUAAAUGAUUGGCUUGCUUGGAAGUCCAAUUGUUACAUUAAUGUGGGCAAUGGAAUAAGCUGAUUUUCAUAUUCUUGGUUCCUCCACAAGGUCAAGCGAUCUAAGAAUAGUUCUAAGCUUUACAAUUAAUAUCGCGUUUGUUAUAGCAAUGUAUAUUUUAGCUCUGAAUAAAAGUUAUCUGGAAGCAAUGAUUAUGGCAAAUAUACUAGCAUAUUUUUCAAGUCACAAUGUAUGGAUAGAUUUCGGCAUUAAGCAUCCUUUCAAAGUUAUUAAUGAAAAGUUUCUUUAGCAGCAGGAAUAUAUGAGUAUUUUCUUUGGCAUGUCAAAAGCUGGCAAAUAAACAGAUAUACCAGUGAUGCCAUCAAGGCAAUAAAAUAAUUAAUAAAAUACAAACUUAAUAGUUGGAUUCUUUGUAAAAACUCUGCUACCCUACUUUGUAGUGAUUGCACUUAAUGUCAUAGUACUAAAGGAAGCUAUUAAAUUUGAUAAUGAAGAUAAUCUGAAAGCUACUAUAAUUGGAUUAUUUGCAGCUGCAUUUGCAAUUUGCUUUUUGACAUACAUUAUUGCAGCUGUUUAUAGAGUUGCUAUUUUUAGAAUAAUUAAAUGUGUAGGAGUAGAAAAGCAAUCUCAACUGUUGACUUAGCUAAUGAAGUAUUUGAUCAUAUUUGGCUUGACCUUUGCUUAUGCUUGCCUUUGCAUGUAUCCAUACAGAGAUGUUGAUUUAGUUUUCCAUUAUAGAGCUUUCAACAGGUUAUUUCAUUCUCCAUUUGCAGCUUCUUUUGAAACACUAGGAUUGCUAGUCUAUCUUGUGACAUAAGAUAACGCUUAUAAUGAAAGACCUUUUAUGGUGUUGUUCUUAAUAUCUCUUGGGCUGCAUAGACUAAUGAUUUUGGGAAAUAAAUUUUUAUAUGUAAUAGUAUCAAUAAUCACUGCAUUUAAAAACACAAAGCAAAGAUUCAAGUCAUAACUGUUCUGCUUCAUUCUCUAGUUUACUAUUCUACUACCUUUUUUACUUUUGGUUGUAUUAUUUUCAACAAUAUUCAACACAGCUACGAUACCAUUUUUAGGCUUUGCUUACUUUAUUAGUGGGUAUCUCAAGCCUGUCAGAGGAUGGUCUGAGAUUUCUCCAGUACUAGCUAAUCCAAAUGAUCAAAGAAGCGAUGCACAUUUAUAUCAAGCUAUGCAGCCAUAACUCAAGAAGCAGUUACAAAAGUUAUUCAACUAUGAUCCUUUCCUUUUUAGGGUUGGUUCAUACUACUUAGUGAAAAAUGAAAAAAUGAUUGGCCUCAUCCAAAUCCUUGAGAGGGGAAACAAUUAUCUAGUAUAUACUAUGAAAGGAACUGAACUAUAGGAAACAACAGUUUGUCAUGCAGAAGAAAAUGAGAAUAUUAACUAAAUUAGUGAGCAUAUAUUUAAAAAUAGAAAAAUCGGCUGCUUCUUCCCAUUUUCUCUAAGCCCAAUAAAGUAAAUGAGUUUUGGGAUUUAUGAUGACUAGAAGGUCUCUUUGACUGGUAUUAUUGACAGUCCUGAUUUUGGUAGACUUGUUAAAGAGGUAUUCAUAAGAGCUAUGGUUUUGAAGUAUAAAGAUCUGCUAAAGACUCACUCAGGACUAAAAUUCUACAAAAUAAAUAAGGGAGAACCAACUCAAAGAGAGAUGGAGUAUGUUAAGUAGUUCUAUGAUCCAAACAUAUUGCAAUACUACUCGAUAGAUGUUAAUAGCUUCACUCUAAGUAAUGAGAUCAUACCCAAGACUUUUGAAACAUCUAAUACAAUUGCUAAUAAAAAUAUAAACUUGCAAGUAAAAACUGAAAACAAUUUGCUAAGAGCGAAUUCAGGAGCAAAUUCAGGCACUAAUUCUAAUCAACCAAGAAGUUUCUUAGAAAUGAUGGAUUUAUAAAACAGUAAUAAACAGUCUCAAUAGCAAUCAGUUAUUGUUCAAAAUGGAGCAGUUCGAGGUGUGAGUUAGUUUAAUUAACCUGCAAUAGGUGGCCAAGCUAGUGCGAAUCAAAGUAAAGUAGAGGAAGGCAAAUCUUAGGCUAUGAUUGAUGAUGAACUUGAUGGAUUAUUGUCUCCAGACAAACUGAAGAAAAAUAAUCUUCUUCCUCCAUUGGCUGGGGCAUCAAAAUAACAAGAUAACAACUUAAAUGAUUUAGAUGACCUUGAUGAUUUCCUGGGAAAUCUUCCAGGCAAAAAAGCACCUGAAAAUAAGAGAGGUCUUCAUAACAAUAGCAAUCAUGCUGAUUUAUGGGGAAACAACAGAAACAACUAACCUACAAGAGAUGAAGAGGAUCCCUGGGUGGCUUAAAAUCUGCCAAACAAGCCAAGACAAAGCUAACAAUCUACUUAAGGUAGUAAUGGAGUCAAUGUGGUUCAGAUGAACUAUGACAAGAAUAAGAGUUCUGUUGCUUCUUCAGGCAGAGAAUACAAUGCCAUGAGUGACUUUGAAAAAUUGAUAUUCUAAAGCUUCUUGGUCUGCUUCAGAGAUUAGCAUGCGUCCCUCCCACAGAUGCUACACGAUCUAUUUAAGGGUGAGUUCAGGAGAGAUCUUGAAUCUGCUGACUUUAUAUCUUCUAAAGAUAGCAACAUUCUUUACAUGAAAUAUGUCAUUCUUUAGUCUGUGAGACUUGCUUUUCAUUACUCUGUAGAGUCAUUUGUAAUGGGCGAACUAGGACUUCCAUCAAAUGAAGAACUUGAGGUAAUUUUCAAUAAUUUUAAUUCUGAUUUAUAGAAAGAGAUAAGGUAAUAUGACCAGGAGUGGUUCUUAGCAGGUGAGGAAUACAUUUGGAACGCUGGAAUAGAGAAAAAUCUGCCCAACUUAGAGAGAAUUAUUGCAAAGAAAGGAUAGUACUUUGCUCAUCGUCUAAGAUUCGGCCAGGCUGAGGAGACUAAAUUCUCUUUGUUUGAGUUCAGAAGUGAAGUAGUCAGAGGCAUUUGGGGAAAUAUUAAUACAGAGCUACUUUACUACACUAAUGCAAACGACGAAAGAUUUUCUAUUCAGGCUGAGAAAGACAUUCUAAGAAAUAUCUUGGUGCAGCUAGCAGAGAUUCCAUUAGGAUAUCCGGUCUACUCAAGUGGAGCACAAAUCAUUUAUUAUUGA